AUGGUCGUGUACGUACAGGACUGGAAUUUCAGUACCACCGACAGCUCCCUCUCCAGCUCCAGCAUCAAUACAGACAAAGCGCUUUGGGGCUCCACGGUGCCCCACAGCCCCGGUGGGCUGAGCCGGACCGGCCAUACGGUGGUGGCAGUAUGCCUCGGCUUUAUUUUAGUGGCAGGAAUCCUCAGCAACUUUCUCACUCUGCUCAUUUUCGCAAAGUUUCGGUCCCUCUGGACGCCCAUCAAUCUCAUUCUGUUGAACAUCAGCCUAAGUGACAUUCUCGUGUGCGUUUUCGGGACACCGUUCAGUUUUGCUGCCAGCCUGCACGGGAGGUGGCUAAUUGGAGAGUACGGCUGUAAGUGGUAUGGAUUUGCCAAUUCCCUCUUUGGGAUUGUGUCCCUUGUGUCCUUGUCUCUUCUAUCGUAUGAGCGCUACACCACCGUUCUCCAUUCCUCUCAGGCUGAUGUCUCAGACUUCAGAAAGGCCUGGCUGUUUGUUGGAGGCUCUUGGUUCUACUCUCUCUUUUGGACAUUGCCUCCCCUCCUCGGUUGGAGCAGCUAUGGACCAGAGGGUCCUGGUACCACUUGCUCCGUCCAGUGGCACCUCCGCUCACCCUCCAGCAUCUCGUAUGUGUUGUGUCUCUUCAUCUUCUGUCUGCUGCUGCCCCUUCUGCUCAUGCUAUAUUCUUAUGGAAGAAUCCUGAUGGCCAUUAGGAGGGUGGGAAAGAUCAAUCUUCUGGCAGCUCAGCGCAGAGAACACCACAUUUCGCUGAUGGUUUUCUCUAUGGUGUCCUGCUACAUGCUGUGCUGGAUGCCCUAUGGCAUUGUGGCACUGAUGGCCACCUUUGGUGGGUCGGAGCUGGUGACUCCCAUCACUAGUGUGAUUCCUUCCAUCCUGGCCAAGUUCAGCACUGUUGUCAACCCUGUUAUCUAUGUUUUCUUCAACAAACAGUUUUAUAGAUGUGUUUUGGCCUUCAUGAAGUGCAAAGGAGAACUUGAGAUUGUACAAGGAGAAGAGCACCGAACUCCGAGGACACAGUUGUCAGAAUAUUUCCGUGUCCAUAGGAAAGCCUCCCUCAGCUCCCCACAAGUCCAGAUCCCCAGUGGCCCCAGAAACACCGUGCUCUGCAGCCGACAUAUAGUUUAUGUUCACUACACUCCAUAA